UAGACCUGGCGCUUCAUGGUGGCGGGUGCUGCUGAGCUGGGCGAUGUCGGCUGCGGGCCGGGCGGAGGAGCCCGUGGGUCCUCCCAGCAGCUUUGCGAAGCGGGUGCUGGUGACCGGGGGUGCUGGUUUCAUGACAGAGAGAGUGAAGACUUGUGCGUAAGUCUAGAAAACUGAAUGACAUAGUGAAGCAGCAGAGGCCCCACUGAAGAGCGCAGAGACAAAACACAUGCAUCACAUGUAAUUGUGUCUUUAGUAGAAGAUUAUCCAAACUAUAUGAUCAUAAAUCUAGACAAGCUGGAUUACUGUGCAAGCUUAAAGAAUCUUGAAAACAUUUCUGACAAACAAAACUACAAAUUUAUACAGGGGGACAUAUGUGAUUCUCCCUUUGUGAAAUUGCUUUUUGAAACAGAGAAAAUAGAUAUAGUACUACAUUUUGCUGCACAAACACAUGUAGAUCUUUCAUUUGUACGUGCUUUUGAGUUUACAUAUGUUAAUGUGUAUGGCACUCACGUUCUGGUAAGUGCAGCUCAUGAAGCCAGAGUAGAGAAAUUCAUUUACGUCAGCACGGAUGAAGUAUAUGGAGGCAGUCUUGAUCAGGAAUUUGACGAAUCUUCACCCAAACAACCUACAAAUCCUUAUGCAUCCUCUAAAGCAGCUGCUGAGUGUUUUGUGCAAUCUUACUGGGAACGAUACAAGUUUCCAGUUGUCAUCACACGAAGCAGUAAUGUUUAUGGACCACAUCAAUAUCCAGAAAAGGUUAUUCCAAAAUUUAUAUCUUUACUACAACACAACAGGAAAUGCUGCAUUCAUGGAUCAGGGCUUCAAACAAGAAAUUUCCUUUAUGCUACUGAUGUAGUAGAAGCAUUUCUCACUGUCCUCAAAAAGGGGAAACCAGGUGAAAUUUACAACAUUGGAACCAGUUUUGAAAUGUCAGUUCUCCAGCUUGCCAAAGAACUAAUACAACUGAUCAAAGAGACCAGUUCAGAGUCUGAAAUGGAAAACUGGGUUCAUUAUGUUAAUGAUAGACCUACCAAUGAUAUGAGAUAUCCAAUGACGUCAGAAAAAAUACAUGGUUUAGGAUGGAGACCUAAAGUGCCUUGGGAAGAAGGAAUAAAGAAAACAAUUGAGUGGUACAGAGAGAAUUUUCACAACUGGAAGAAUGCAGAAAAGGCAUUAGAACCCUUUCCAGUACAAUCACCAUUUGUAGAGUCAGGACAGUUUUUGGAGAAAGAAGAAAAUUAUCCUACCUGGACCAGUGAUAUGACAUCAAGUGACCCAAUGAAGUGUUCUUCUCAUUUGAAAUUAGAUUCAUGACUUUUUAUAUAAAAUUCAAAUGCAAAAUCCCUUAACCUUUAGAAGAGUUUCAGUAUUGAUGAAGGAUUUAAAUAUCAAAAUUCUUUCAGAAAUCUUUUCUCCUGAAAAUUAGGAAUCAAUAGGCAUAGAAAGACUCUUCUAUAGGAGUGGGCCAGAAGGAGAAAACUUUCUGAGACCAAGAACAGGAAAUAGCUCUGAGCAGAUGACAGCCUCCCCUGACAUUGAACUCGGGCAGCUUUCCAACGUAUCCCAUUGCCUAGAAAGUCUUUCAAGUUUUCAUUUUUAGGCAAUAUAGGAUGAGCCUUAUGUCCUAAUUCAUUUUUUUAAACAGUCUAAUGUGCUGUAAUUGCCUUAAAAAUGGAACAAAAUGAGAGCAUAAUAUGUAGCACUUUUUAACUUUUGAUUAUUUUGUAAAAUUAAGUUAAAUUUUUUUAAAAAAAGGGAUGUCGUCUUUAGUCUUUAUAUUUUCAAAAUCAGUUGUUGACCUAUAUAUAAGUAACCGUGUAUCAUGUUUUUACUGUUUAAAAUGCUUUUAUUUAUAAAAUCAUCCAUAUUUUAAUGUAUUUAAUGUGGCUUUCUUAACGGUAAUGCAUGUUUUUAUUUUGCUGUAGAAAAAGUUUUUAAAUACUUGAUUAUAUUUAAUUUAUAAUUAGAAUUAUUUAAUUCCUCUCUCCCUUAACUAACAACUUAAAAUGACUUGAAUAAGUAACUCAGUAGCUACUUACUGCCUUGAAAAAGAAGUUGUCAAAGGUCAUGCCCAGCUUUCUGGCUGCAGUGCGGGAGGGAGGGCUUGUUUUCUCUGGGAGUAGGAAGUGAGGUGGUCACCUCAGAGGCGGCUGAGGGGAGGGUCUAACAGUGGAGUGAGGACCUUGAGGGUGUGGAUAUUGGGGAAAGAGUAAGCAGCUCCAAAAUCAGUAAGGGAUUUGCCAAAUAGGAAUGAAACACAAAGUGCGGUUGGGCACUCUAAUUUCAGAAUUCUGAGAUGUGUAAAAGUAUUUAGAUUGAGCUAGAGUUGGGCGUAGUACAAGCCAGGUGGGGAGCUGAGUGUGACAGGGCUGCGUCAUGCUUGCUGGUCUGAGCCCCGUAGGGCAGAAGGAGCUUCCAGUGGGUGGCCUGUGACCAGGAGCGGAGGAGUAGGCCCAAAGGAGCGGAGGUGGGGGCUCAGGAAGCCCACAGUUACAGCCCACACGGGACUGACUGAGAACCAGUGGUCUCUGGUGGAGUUUGGUGACUGGGGGUAGGUGACAAAAUACUGUGUGUCAGUUGAUUUUUACAUAUUUUUGUGUAAACUUUUUAUUUUGUGUAAACAUUUUGUGUAAACUUUAAUAUACUCAAGAUGAUUUAUCUUUAUUGUUUAUCUAAUCUCAGGAGAUGGCCUUGAGAGGCAUUAAGAACAUAUUAUGAAAAACCAGUUUAAAAAAAGCACACAAUUAAAAAGUCUAAGAGAAAUUAAUGUUCCACAUCAUGUAUCAUCAGAGAAAUACAAAUUAAAACAAUGCCAUACCAUUAUACACCUAGAACAGUGACAAUAUCAGAUGCUAAUGAGGAUGUGGAACAACAGGAACUCUCAUACAUGGAUGGUGGGAAUACAAAUGGGGCAGACACUGUGGAAAACAGUAUGGUGUGUCCUCAAAAAGUCAAACGUAGAAUUACCAUAUGAAUGAGCAAUUCCACUUUUAGGUAUAUACCUAAAAGAAUUGAAGUCAGGAACUGAGAUAUUUGUAUACCAACGUUCAUAGCAGCAUUAUUCACGGUAGCCAGAAGGUGGAAACAACCCAAAUGUGCAUCCAUAGAUCCAUGGAUCAACAAGAUGUGGUGUAUACAAUUAUAUGAUUAUUGUAUACAAACAAUGGAAUGCUAUGAUUCCACUUAUAUGAGGUACCUGGAGUAGGUAAAUUCAUAGACACAGAAAGUAGAACAAGUCUUCCAGGGGAGGGGUGGAGGGGGAAAGUGGGAAUUCAUAUUUAAUGGUUAUGGAGUUUGUGCUUGGGAUGAUGAAAAAAUUAUGAAAAUGCAUAAUGGUGAUGUAGCACAACAUUGUGAAUGCCCUUAAAGCCACUGGACUGUACACUUAAGGUAGUUAACAUGGUUUUAUGUUGUGUAUAUUUCACCACAGUAAUAAUUUCAAAAAAUGUGUUCCCAGAUCAACAGCAUCCAAAUUACUUGAUAGAAAUGCAGAUUCCUGGGCUCUGCCCCAGAAUUACAGAAUCAUAAGCUCUGGGGGUGGGCACCCCAAUGUUUGAGAACCACCGCUCUAAAACAUAGAGAGGAAUGGGGUUGCCAGGUCAUUGUGUGCCAUGAAAACAUUCUUGGUUCUCAUCCCACCAGCAGAGAGCUAGCUCCGGAUUUUAAGGAAGAAAUUGACAUCAUAGAUUGGUGGGGUUUAUGUCUUUGCUGACUUCAAAAAUAAUAUGUGUUCAUUGCAGAAAGCUUGGAAAACUAGGCCAAUAAAAAAUACCAUCCAUGAUCUACCACUGGAAGAUAACUCCUGUUAAUAUUUAGUUGUGUGUUCUUCAUUUCAUUUUUGGGGUCAUAUGUACACAUUUUAAAAAACUGUAUAUGGGAUCAUAAUGGUCAUACUGUUUGAGAGUCUGCUUUUUUGCACUAAGCAAUAUAUUACAAGUGUUUUUACAUGU